UUUGGUGUGUACUUGUGUUGUUCAACACAUGUGGUACUUUUUAGUUUUUACACAUGCUUUUAAGGUAUUUAAAAAUGAGACCUUUGUUAAUUAUUUUUCUGAAUUUUCUUGUUUUGGAUAAAAUUUAUUAUAUAUAUAUUUAUUUUAUAAAAUUAAGUAGCCGUAGCUUCUUUAUGCAGUGUUUCAGAACAGUCAAAUUUUAAUGGCAUAAAAAAACCGUUUAAAAAAAUGGCAUAAAAAAUUAAUUUAAAGUAGGUUUACAAAAAAUGUCAUAUACUCUAAUCAAAGUUCACAAAAUACAAAUUAAGAUUGUGAAAGUUCCAAAGUCUAGCAAAAUCCUAUACAAGUAUACAACAUUGUCAAGACAUGAUCAAUGAACUAAAUAUUACUACUAUAAAUUAUUGGCAUGUGUGAGUGUGACCCGUUCAAAUUCAGGAGCUAAAUAAUAGCAAGUCAGUGAGCUGAAAAGCAGAGAGCAACUUGCGGAAACUAACAGAACAAACCUACAUUGUUUCUCUUCACACAUUUUCCAAACAUCAGUGUAGUGAUUUCUCAUUUCUCAAAUGGCCUCGUUCAAGGAAGCUCCGGCAGGUGAUGCGAAGAGCGGCGAGAAAAUCUUCAAGACCAAGUGUGCUCAGUGUCACACUGUGGAAAAAGGUGCAGGGCACAAACAAGGACCGAAUUUGAAUGGCCUUUUCGGAAGGCAGUCUGGGACAACUGCUGGAUAUUCCUACUCUGCUGCUAACAAGUCUAUGGCUGUGACAUGGGAAGAGAAUACUUUGUAUGACUACUUGCUCAAUCCUAAGAAGUACAUUCCGGGAACCAAGAUGGUUUUCCCUGGGUUGAAGAAGCCACAAGAGCGAGCUGAUCUCAUAGCUUAUCUGAAGCAGUCAACUAAAUAGACGUAGUGCUGGUUAAUCGAUGGCUUCAGAUUUCUAUCACUAGCAACUAGCAAGUUCUGCUGUUUUCUGUAAUAAGAUCAAUGACAUUUUCUCAGUUUUCUCAGUAACCCUAGUUUAGCAGUUAAAGCUGUGUUACUCGGAACUCUGUUAUAAGUAUUCAGCGUGUAUAACUGUCCAAGUAUCAAACUUGGCAAUAUAUUGAAAAAUGCACAUUUUUUAGCUUA